AUGGUGUCCCAGAUUUCCCGCUCGAUCCAUAUUUGGACGACAUGGUCGUCUACCCAAAUAGCGACCCAGAGCAAGGCCUUGAUUUCGAGGCAGCACGAAAAGCUCGAGACUGGCCCUCGAGAGGAUGAUCGCAAAGUUCUUUUAGAAAUAAAUGUAACGCCUCUCUUCACGCCUAAGCCAUGUCUGUCGUGUAUGACUGGCAACACAAUUGCAGUACGGAAAAUAAAGAACUCCAAUUUCUUUGCGGAGGUCGGAAGCCGAGUGUCUAUACAUCCACCCGCCCUUCCAGCUUCCAUGUUGCACAAUCGCAGCGAACCCAUUCCAUUCCAUGCCAAAGUCGGCUUGGCUUUCUCUAAUCGACAAGGUCUCAAGUCGAGCGAGGCUUCCGAGGGUCUCACGGAUGUCCGACGUGUGGCACUGUCAACGGCAACGGAAAGGAUCCAUGGGAUGGUUACUCCACUCUUAGCUCAGCAUAAGAGCGCAACGAAACUCAUCAGGGGCGCUGCAAAACUUUCACCUUUCCUGGACCAAGACAACAAGCAAGUUAAAGACAGAAAGGCCGAUAUCGAGAGCAUCAAGGAAUACCAGAGCAUCAACAAGCCAUUGCUGGAUAAGAUUCUCGAUACCUUGAACAAAGCGCAAGAGACCUUCGCUGAGGAAUGCCCAGACCUGGCGGCCUUGGUGUUCGUUCACGACGACGACGGAAAGCCUUCCGCAGAGUUCGAAGAGUGGAAGGAAGGAUUUUCCGUUCCUGAUGCUACGACUGAGGUGUAG